UACCAAAGCUUAUAUACACUUUCUGAGUGCUGCGUGCAACAGUACAAUCUGUAUAUAAAGAUCUCAGACUCCGCGUCCGACAAACGCAAACGCAAACACAAACACAAACUCAAACUCAAACUCAGCCGGACUUAGAUCUAUCUCUACUCACAACUUGAAUCAAUGGCUGAUCCCGAACUCGAAGCAAUCAGACAGAGGAGAAUGCAGGAGCUUAUGGCUCAACAAGGCGCUGGAGGAGCCCGAGGGCAGCAAAAUACUGAACAGCAGAAGGCAAAUGAUGAUGCCAAGAGGGAGGCAGAAGAACGGAGACAGAUGAUGCUUAGUCAGAUUUUGUCAUCUGAAGCUCGUGAAAGACUUGCUCGAAUUGCUUUGGUGAAACCUGAGAAGGCAAGAGGUGUUGAAGAUGUCAUAUUGAGAGCUGCUCAAAUGGGCCAAAUAGCUGAGAAGGUCUCCGAAGAAAGGCUUAUUUCAUUGUUGGAACAGAUCAACAACCAAACAACCAAGCAGACCAAAGUCACUAUUCAGAGGCGUAGGAGUGUUCUCGAAGAUGAUGAUUGAUUUGAAUUUGUGCGUUACAGUUGAAGACUUUGGCUGUAUAUUGAAACAUAAUGCACUUUGAAACAUAAUGCACUUGUUAUUGGGUUGUGAAAUAUUUUACUGUUCUUUCUUCAAUCUUGAUAUUCGUGAUAUGCUCUAAUACAAUAUUGUAUGGGAAGAAAUUUUUCACCAAUUAUUGUUUGAAGCCUUGUGAAUUUAAUUGAAAACUGGUCACUUGGAAUGGAAUAACAUUCUAAACUGAUUACUACCG